UUACAAACCGUUCUGCCUCGAUUUCUAGUAACCCGAGAGAUUUAUUGAAAUAUAGUUCAGAAACAAAUGCUUUUAGCUUCCAGUCCUCCGGUCAUGUAAGGUAAUAGUUCAUAUGAAGUGGAAAUGAUGUAUGAUAUUUAAUUAACUGCUUUUAUAACAGAAAAACGAGGCUAAUGACUAGCUAACCACCUGUUGGCGUAAAGAGCUCCUCUGUUUACAUUCAUGUUAGUGUCGUUUAUUGGCAGCAAGGUGUUCGUAUAGAAUCGCAAAGGGAGAUUUCUUUUUGUUUCGACUUUAGACAUGUAGCCAUACAAAGAGCUGGAUAAAAUUGACUUUAGUCAGACUGGUCGUUAUUUAGAGACAUUCAGGCGGCUCUGUUCUGAUGUUUGACAUCGAGGAGAAAUUUAGCAAAGAUGCUUUCAGCCUGCAGAGUCUGAUCCAGAGAACUGAGAGAGACACACUAAGCCUGUAGAAUGGCGUCUGCUGAUACGAAAAAGAAAGGCGGCUGCAUUCGCCAGGAGAACGCCUGCCUGAUCGGAGACGGGCGGUUCUGCAGCGACCUGGACGCCCCGCAGUUUGACCCAGAAGCUUCUGACCUGCAGGUCCAUCACAGCCUCUCCAGGGUCAUGGUCAGCAGCAGCAUGGCGGCCAUGAGCGAACACAUCUGUCAGCUGGAAGCUGAGCUGGAGGCUCAGACUGAGGAACUGAAGGCAGCGGAGCUGAGGGCGGAGUCCUGCCAGGAAGCUGCCGCUCACAGUGAGGCUGUGGUCGCCACGGUUACCGAGGAGCUGAGGAUGUUGAGAGAGGAGCUGGAGAGCAGAACAGCAACAGGAAAGAGAGCGGAGCAGCAGAGGAACCAAGCUCUUCAAAAUGCAGAGAAACUCAAAGAAGCUUUCAACGAUUACAAAGACACGUUUUCCAUUAGACUCCAAAAGGUGGUGGAGAGUGAGACGAUGCUGAAAAAGAGUCUGAUGGAGUCUGACAGAGAAAAGCAGGAGUUGGAGGUGAAGUUUUCUGCAUUGGAAAGAGAGCGAGCUGAGCAGAGCCAGACGGUUAGCCAGCUGCAGGAGGAGCUGAGGCAGGGCGGAGCGGCUGCGGCUCUCCUCCAGGCCCAGCUGGAGCAGGCCGAGCACAGAGCCUCCCAGCUGGAGCAGCAGCUCUCAGAACAGGGGGCCGAGUGCAGGGAGGCGGCCGCCGUGCGCAGGGAGGUGGAGGAGCUGCGGACGCUGACCCGUGACCAGGAGCAGAAAGUGACCCAGACCCAGGCUGAGCUGUCCGCUCUGGAGGCUGUUCUGGCUCUGCUGCACCUGCAGGAGGCUCCUGUAGGAUCAAUCUGCUCUAAUCCAUGCAUGCUGCCCCCAAUGGACUAUUCAGGAGCUGCACAUCUGCUGAAGCUGAAGCCAGGUGAGGGCUACCAGCAGCUGCUGCGGGUCCUGCAGGUGAAGGAGGCCGAGCGGCUGAAACAGCAAAACCAGAAGGAGCGGCUGCAGGAGCGUCUGAGCAGAGCCCAGGAGGAGAUCUCCGCCCUGCAGAACUCCAUGGCCCAGAGAGCCUCCCACUACCAGAACCUCCACACAGAGCUGCUGGAGCGGGGCAGCCAGGCCACAGACGCUCAGAAAGAGUUAAAAAGAAAAAGCGCUCGGGUUGCUGCACUGGAGAAACAGCUGCAGGAAAAAAGCUCUGCAUACAGUCUGGCCGCUCUGAAGAACACGGAGCUGGAAAACGAGCUGAAGGAGAAGAGCAGCAGCGUUCAGCACUACCAGGCUCUGUUGAGCAAAAAGCAGAAGGAGCACCAGAAGUCUCUGGAUCAGUGUGAACAGUUUCACUCUCAGCAGAUGGCUGAGCAACAGCACAGGAUAGAAAUGCUGCAGCUGUCAGUGGAGGAGAGCCUGAGCCAGAUGUUGGAACUGGAGCAGCAGCUGGGUUCUGUUCAGACGGAACGGGACCAAGCUCAGAAAGCUGCGCUGCUGCUGCAGACCUCUGUGGAUCAGCUCACACAGGAGAAGGAGGUUGAAGUUCAACGGAACCAGGAGAUGCUGCAGAGUUUCAAAGAUCAGGCUACUCAAUCUGCCACCAUGGUAUCUGAGCUGCAGUCUUGCCUGUCGAUGUGCAAGGAGGAGCUGAACUCGUACCUGCAGCAAAUGGAGGAGGUGAAGAGAAACCAUCAGACAGAGCUGCAGAGGAAGAACGAAAAGAUCUCUUGUCUGCAGGAGAAGCUGCACAGCACCAGCCUGGUCUGUCAGAGCACCACUGAGCAGAACCUGCAACUGCAGGAGUCUCUGCAGCAGCAGCAGACCAUGCUGACCGAGAGCACAGCUCGGAUCUCUGAGCUGGAGGAGAGCCAGAGCCAAUUGCAAAGACAGGUGUCUGGUUUGGAGCUGCAGCUGGAGCGAGCGUGGGCUUCUCUACAAGAUGAAGUCAGGAGCAAAGGCCUGGAGGCCCAGGCUGCAGAGAGGAACCUGCAGGAGACGACUGAACAAAACACACAACUCUCCAAAUCCAUCAGUCAUCUCACAUUGACGAUGCAAAAGCUGGAGGUGGAGCUUGAGCACCUGAGGAGCCAAGAGGCUGCAAAGGCAGAGCAGAUCGUUGGCUUGGAGCAGAACCUGGAGCGAACCAAGAGCCAAGUCAUCACCAAGACCUCCAAAGGUCAGACAUUCAGGACCGGUGCGGAAAAAAGAAAAGUUGAGGAACUUGAAGAGAAGCUCCAUCGCUGUGAGGAGGAGCGGCUCUGCAGCAUGCAGAGAGUAAAGGUCCUGGAGGGUGAACUGCACUCCGUGCAGGUGGAGCUGGGCAACGCCGUGAAGAGGCUGCAGGAGCUGCAGGACGUCCUGCAGAGGACCCAGACCGUCUCUGACCAACGGCAAGCCCAGGUGGAGAAACUGGGUUUGAGGCUGAGUGAGACCCAGAAGGAGUUAGAGGAGAGAACUCAUGAGGUCUUGGACAUGGACAACGCCCUGAAAGAAAGACAGGAGGAGCUCCAGCAGAGAGCCAAACUGCUCAGCCAAUUGGAUGAAGCAAUCAGGGAGCACAAGCUGGAGAUGGUCAGGAAGGUGGAGGUCCUGCAGCAGGAGCUAACACAACGAAACGCCAAGGAGUCAGAGGAGCUCAGCCAGCAGCUGUCUGAGUGUGAGCAUCGGCUUCAGGAGGCGCUGGACCAACUGGAAGCGAGUCAGCGUGACCGUGGCGCUCUGAGCAGAGAGCUGGACGCCACCAAGCUGCAGAUCAGGGAGACGGAGGCCCAGCUGCGCAGCGCAGCGGAGGAGCUGCUUCGGAAGGAGUCUGGGUGGCUGCAGGAGGAGGAGCGUCUGCAGAGCGUGCUCUCUGCUCUGGAGCAGGAGCUGGAGCUGGAGAAGGAGCAGCACAGUAAAGAGUUGGAGUCUCUGCAGCACACGCGGGGCCAGCUCCUCAAAGUGUCGGAGCAGAUCUCCUCCACCAUGCGCUCGUGCCAGGAGCAGCUCACCACCAAGCUCCAGCAGAGCCAGGCCCAGCUGGAGGAGGCCAGGGCGCAGUGCGGCCGGGUCAAAGCCCAGCUGGACCAGGCCCAGAUCGAGCUGGACUACAGCCGCAGCCAGGUCGGCCACCUCCAGACGCAGCUGGACCAGAGCCAGGAGCAGCUGCUGCAGAGCAGAACCGAGCUGGAGGACAGCCGGGUUCUGUGUGAGCAGACGAGAGUACAGAGCAGCCACCUCCAUGUGCAACUGGAGCUGCUCUCUACGCAGCUGCAACAAAGCAGAGCGCAGGUUUCCCAGCUCCAAACUCAGCUGCAAGCCUCGGAGAAGAAUGCAGAGAUGUCCGCCGAUUCGCUGCUCAUCAAGGAGUCAGAGGUGACCCGCCUCCAGGCCCGGAUCUCCAGUCUGGGACGAGUAGCAGAGAGACAGAGCCUCUGCAGCCACUCUGCCUCCCUCACUGAGCUUCCAGAGCCCUCCUUCUCCUCUCAGCCGUCUCUUCCUUCCUUUAGUCUCUUACCAGCCUCCGUCCGCUUGUCUCCACGCUCUCAACCGGUGCCCCUGUUCUCCCCGACACCCGACUGGCCUCAGAGUGGCAGCCUAUCCUCUUCCACGGACCUCCCUCGCAGCCUGAGGGAGGUGCUGAUCAGGGAGCCGUGGGACUCUUCCUCUGCGAGUGGUUCCAUGUUCGCGGGGUCGGCUGACCAAAGCUGGCGGAGCCUCAGCGCCACCGAGGCCUCGGCGACAUCCGACGCCUCGUUCGACCCACUCACAUACAUGCCAGACAAACCCAACAACACAGACGUCUGCACAGAGGGACAGGCGGGACCGCAGGGGGACGACAAAUCGCUCACCGAGUCCAGGAGGGAGUCGGAGGAGACUCUGGUGGGAGACGAUGAGGGAGAGAUGGACAUAAACUCACUGACCGGGAUGCUGAGGUUUGUGAAUCAGACUUUAGCCAUGCAGCAGGAUCCGUCUCCAUGGAGCCCCAUAAAGCAGAUGCAGACCUGACUCUCUGUCACUCUGCAGGUAAAAACGCCUUUAAUUAGCCGAUUAAUCAAUAAAAGCUUGGUUUUGUUUUCUGAAAUGGGAAACAGUUACUGACAUCUAGUGGUCGAGUUGGAGAUUCAUCUGUUUUUUUCCUUACAUUGACGUUCACAUGCCAUUUUGUUACAAUGCAAUCACCAGCUUCAAUGUAUUUCAUGAGAUUAAUCUAAAAAAGGAGUGCAUAAUAAACUUUACCAUGAUACCCUGAACACAACAUCCUUUUGCUGGAACAUAGUAGUGGCAGCAUCAUGCUGUGGGAUGAUUGUUUUUUUUCCCCCUUGCUGUUUAGAGUUGAUGAGAGAUGAAGAUGGAGGCUAAAUACCAAUGUAAGGAAUUCAUGUGUUUGCAUGGUCUAGUCAAAGUCCAGACCUGAAUCCCAUUGCAAAGAUUAACUGAUGGUUACAGCUGCUCUCCAUUUUGUGAAACUGGGGCUUUCAUAAAAUAUUCCCUCAUUAGUUGAAAGAUAGUGAAGGUUUUUCAAUCUGAAAGAGUCACAGCUGCUGAAAAUAGAAACAAAUGUUGCAACUUUGGUCUCCAAACAAACUGAGUCUCCGAGACUAUGAGGUGUGAAAGUCUCAUUGUCCUUCCGUUUCACAAUAAUGUGCCACUUUGGCUCGAUCCACAACCAGAAAACUUUGUGCUUAUGAAGUCGCAACAAUCCAAUAGUUAUGAAUAAUAUAAACCUGGAUGUGUUUAUCUCUAGUAUUGUCUUGUUUUUUCCAAGUGGAAGAAGCCACUCCAUGAUUGGUUCAGGUUUCAGGUUUUCACUUCUAGUUUCACACCCCGUCUCUUGUUUUUGUGUCAUGCAGUGAACUUUGAAUUCUGGAUUUCUUAAUCAGUUGGAUCUUUGUAUGACGCAACCUUCAAAUAAGUCUAAUAGUAUCUGCAAUGUGUUAUCUGGCUAUCAUCAGCCUAUUAGCCGCUAAAUCCUCGUUUUUGUUGACGAGCUUUGAGACCGUCAGUCCUUCAGAUGGCUCUCGAGGUCUCCUCUGGGGGAGGGGAGCAACAAAAGAUAAACUUCUUUAGGUUGUUUAGUCGGUUUAUUGUUUAGAGAGUCACGUUUGGUAAAGUAGGAUAGAUAUUUAUGUGGAAAACAACACAAAACUACCUCCACUUCCUGAGCUGUUUUACAUUUAUGCUAUAACCACAGAGUUCCGUGCAUCUCACUGUGAGUUUAUGUGACAGAACAGCACAAGUUGUGAAGAGGAAGAACAACGAUACGUGACUUUCAAAAGAUUUUACAAAACUUGUUUUGAAAAAGUGUGUUGUGAAGACCCUCCAACAUAGUAGUUAAUAAAGCCACAUUUUACUUCAGUUAUAGUUUUGGUUCCCCACAGCAUGAUGCUGCCACCACAGGAUUCUCCUGAUGGGGGUGGUGUGUUCAGGAGGAUGUUUUAUGAUGCGUAGCAUUCAACAUGUAAAACAAAAAGUUAACUUUAUUCAUUUUGCCAUCAUCUGACCGGAGGACCUUCAUGUUGGAUUCAUGCGGCCUUUAUGACUGCCUCUCUUCUUGCCAGGCUGCUUCAGUUGUUUACCGACUUUUAUCAAAUCACAGUAGAGCUUGUGCAGAGAGACUCUGUCAAUGUAGACAACAAUGACCUGAGAAAAAUGUGUCAUUGAAAACUUUGCAGUCUGGCUCCCUCUAUGAAAUGGUUUCAACACAUUUCCUGGUCGAUAAAUCGCCCCAGUAAUUAUUGGGAUAAACUAUAAUAUUGUUUUGAGACAAUUUUCAGAUGAUGUAUUGAUAAUGGCUUAUAAUAAUAAUAAUAAUAAGGCAAGUUUGCCCUCUCAAAGAUAAAUAAACUGGGAGAGCUUUUAAAUGUUCCCCCCAAAAACAAACAAGACGAAUAAAAAUUAAAACCACACAUGGUCAAAACCAUAAAUUAAAUGGAUGGUGAUUAAACAAAAUUUCACUUCACAAAAUAUUCCUCAUCAUCACGUUCAUGUUAAUUUAUCAUGUGAUGAAUUGAUUGAUUGAUGUUUUGUUUUGUGACAGGCGUUCCCAGGAUGUACUUUCAGGGAGCUGCCUGCAGGGGGAGCACAACCAACCAACCCAAUACAUUCUUAUAUUCAUGAACCUUUUCCAUGAUUUGUCCCUUUAUGUGUUAGUGAUUCAGAUCAAUUAUUAGAGCAUGUUUAUGUGACCUCUUUAAUUGCACUUAGUAAAACAUGGACCCUUUAGAUCAGCAGAAUGUAGCGUUUGCAUUUUAUUUAACAUUAUUAACUAUUGUUUGUGAAUGUGAAUAGUUUUCUUGUGAUUUCUGCCAAUUAAAGAGUUUUUGCAUAAAC